AUGAGCAACAAUCCAAAGGGUAGUUCCGCCUCUGAAGUUUACAUUGAUGAUUCUGCCACGUUUGAGUCGUUCCAGUUGGAUUCAAGACUGUUACAAGCCGUCAAAGGGUUUGGAUUCCAACAUCCAACAUUAAUUCAAUCUAAUGCAAUUCCAUUAGCUCUUCAACAAAAGAGAGAUAUCAUUGCUAAGGCUGCAACUGGUUCCGGGAAAACUUUGGCCUAUUUGAUCCCUGUUAUUCAAACUAUUCUUGAUUAUAAGAAGACCAAGGCAACCUCAAUGGAUCUAGAAGAAAAUGAUACCUUAGGUAUUAUUUUAGUUCCAACAAGAGAAUUGGCACAACAAGUAUCCAAUGUUUUAGAGAAGAUGAUUCUUUAUUGUUCUAAUGAAAUUAGACAAUUAAAUGUGUCAGCAGAUAUGUCUAAUUCUGUCUUGACGUCUCUAUUGGCUUCAAAACCGGAAAUUUUGGUCGCUACCCCAGGAAAACUAAUUAACAUAUUGGAAACAAAUAUAUCAUCUAUUUCAUUGGAUGAAUUGAAGUUUUUAGUCAUUGAUGAAGUUGAUUUGGUUUUGACUUUUGGUUACCAAGAUGAUUUAAAUAAAAUAUCAGAAUAUUUGCCACUAAAGAAAAAUUUACAAACCUUCCUUAUGAGUGCGACAUUAAAUGAUGAUAUUCAAGAAUUAAAAAAGAAAUUCUGUCGUUCGCCAGCCAUUUUGAAAUUCAAUGAUGAUGAGAUCAAUAAAGAUCAAACGAAAUUAAUUCAAUACUACGUCAAAGUUAGUGAAUUCGAUAAAUUUCUGUUAUGUUAUGUUAUUUUCAAAUUAGGAUUGAUUAAGGGUAAGACAUUAAUUUUCGUUAACAACAUUGAUAGAGGUUAUCGACUUAAACUAGUCCUUGAACAAUUUGGUAUUAAAUCGUGCAUAUUGAAUAGUGAAUUACCUGCAAACUCAAGACAGCAUAUUGUGGAUCAAUUCAACAAGAAUAUAUAUAGUUUGCUGAUUGCUACGGAUGAUACUGAAUAUAUUAAGGAAGAAGAUGAACUUGAGAAUGAAAGCAAAGUGGAGGACGUAUCAGGGGAAGAGAAAACGGAACAAAAUGAAACCUUAUCUACAGGAAAUGCUGACGAUAAAGUAGACAUUAAUAAUGAUGAUAAAAAGAAAAAGCAAACAUUUAGAAAGGAUAAAGAAUACGGUGUGUCUCGUGGUGUUGAUUUCAAGAAUGUAGCUUGUGUCCUCAAUUUUGACUUACCUACGACUUCAAAAUCUUAUAUUCAUAGAAUUGGUAGAACAGCUCGUGCAGGCCAAUCCGGUACAGCCAUUUCGUUCGUUGUUCCAUUGAAGGAAUUCGGUAAACAUAAACCAUCGAUGUGUUCUACAGCUAAGAGAGAUGAAAAGAUUCUUUCCAGGAUCAUUAAACAACAAAGUAAAUUAGGUCUGGAAAUGCAGCCUUACUCCUUUGAUACUAAACAAGUUGAAGGUUUCCGUUAUAGAUUGGAAGAUGGGUUCCGUGCUGUUACUCAAGUUGCAGUUAGAGAAGCAAGAGUUAAAGAACUAAAACAGGAAUUACUGGCGAGUGAGAAAUUGAAGAGGCACUUUGAGGAAAACCCAAAAGAGUUACAAAGUUUAAGACACGACAAGGAAUUACAUCCUGCCAGAGUACAACAACAUUUGAAGAGGGUACCAGAAUACUUAUUACCAGAAUCUGCUAGAAGUAGUGAUGGAAAAAAAAUAAAGUUUGUUCCAUUCCACAAUGUCAAGAAAGGUCGCAAGGGUAACAAAAAGGGUAAGGUAACAAAGCGUAGGAAUGGUAAAUCUGAUCCAUUAAAGAAUUUCAAAUAA